CUAGUCUGGGACAAUGCUAUAGCCCCUCGAUACUAGUUUCUUCUAUGGCUCAUAUCCAAAAAUCGCCUUCCCACUCAGGUGAUGCUUCUAUCCUAUGUUAGAAUUGAUUUUAACGUGUGUGCUUUUUGUAAUGAAGUUCCAGACUCCAUCGAUCAUCUAUUUUUCGGGUGCGGCAUCUCGGCUUCUCUGGCCUUCUUUUGGGCCGCCAGGUGUAAUCUCCCUUGGAGGAAUAGAUGCUGGAAAGAGGUGCUCCUCUGGGCCAAGAAAUUCUUAUCUGGGAUGGAUUUCUACCAUAAGAUUGCACGCUUCUCUUUUGGAGCUUUGUGUCAUCUUAUAUGGAAAAAGAGGAAUGCAAUCAUCUUUUGUGGUGAAUCUUUGGUGAUUCCGGCUCUCAAAAACCACCUUCUCAAGGUGGUUAGAGAUAGAGCCAUUACUUUUAGCAAGGUUCCUCCAUCUCCGAGAAAUAGAAGACUUCAAAGAGGCUGGGGUCUUGAUCCGGCGAUCUUCUCUCCUUAAGCCGUCUUUGCUUUGUUUCGCCUUGUGGCUAUAUUUUGUGGCUUCUCCGUUUCUUUGCUUUGGCGUUAGGACUGAGGUUCGCCUUGGCUGUUCUGUGUUUGUCUGGUUUCUAGUUGUCUUCCUUGUACCCUUGUGGUUGUUCUUCUAGCUGGUAUUUGUUUUGCAUCGGAUCCCCUUCACUCUUACAUUGUUCGUGAGAGUGUAGGUUUUGGGACCGAUCUUUUGUACAUUUGUCCUAGCUCUAUAUAUUUAUUACCAUUACCAAAAAAAAAAAAAAACACAUGAUAGGGAAUUUAUUGUAUCCAGAAUUUUAUGUUGAUUAUCAAAUGUAUUCUCAAAUGUAUAUGCCUAGAGCCAUGAACACAAGGAAAACUGAUAACGAGGGAUGGUAACCGUUUGUUCAUCCUCUCCUUCAGUUCAACUAACGCUUUGUAAAAGUGGUGCCCUUUUUGUCUCCCCCUCCCACAGAUUCGUCGUCUCCGAUAGUCUGUGGAAGAGAAAUGUCUGUUUGGAUCUGUGCAUCGAUGGUCUUGUCGUCGGUUCAGAUGGGAAUCCCGUAGAUGCUUUCGGCGCUUCCAUCUCUCUCGAGCAUUCUGUUCUGUCGAACGUACUCUUAAAUGGGUUCCUGGCAUCCCCUCCUUCCAUUGUUCCCUCUGGAGUGGGAGGCUGCUCUGGGCAACAAAAGCAACCCCGAAGUGCACAUCGCCGCCCGAAGCAUUCGGUGAAGAUCGAACAAACCCGGAGAGUCUUCACAUUACAAAGUGUUCCUCCAUCUCUGCUUCACUCGUGAGAAGCAUAAUAUGCAGUUUCCAUUUUUCUCCAUGAUCUUGUUUGCGUAAAAGCCAUAGAACUCAGUUUAGACAACAAUGAGAAGAUGCAAUGUAAACAGCCGUUUUCCUUUUUUGGGGCUUUCGAUGAUUUUUGGACAAAGGGAAACCCUGAAGCUUUUGCAUUGUUCCUUGCAGGAGGUUGUUCAGUUUUCCUCAUAAUGUAGACAGGAAAAAUUGCAUUGAACGGUUGUGACAAAAGAACAGAAGUUGGAGGAUUGUGUUACCCCUUUUUUGUUAUCAUUUCACCCUCGGGGAAUGACAUUAGUGUUGCAAUUUAUUAUUUCUCAGGCACUGAUUUGGAUGGAGAAAGGCACAUAAAGGAAUGGGAGAUGUUCUAAGUAAAGCUGCUCAUAGCGUCGGCUCUAUCGUUGGAAAUGCUGUUGCUGCCCCAAUCAAGACCAUUUUUGGCAGAUCGUGCAAGGAACUAUGCUCGGGACCGUGGGAUGUAGUUUGUUUUAUCGAGCAUCUAUGUGUCACGAAACUGAUCGAACUCUUUCUGAUAUGUGUCCUCUGUUACAUAGCUCUACUAUUCCUGUUUCUGUUGUUCAAGCUGGGGAUUUGCCAGUGCAUAGGGAAAAGCCUCUGUAACAUGUGCUGGCUUGCAUGCGAGACGUACUGGCGUGCACUCGGGCACAUUUGCUGUUUCAUGUGGUACAAGAUAAGCAGCACUGAGCGGGUAUACCAUGGGCGGCGCCGCUUCCAAGACUUUGAAGCAGAAUAUAGCCUGAGUGACAUAAGUUAUGAUUAUUCGAGUCAUCAUCUCGGCACAAGUACGAAAAGGAUACUACUCAGAGAGAGGACGGAAGGCCCUCCUUUCAUAUAGCAACUGUAGCCAUUGGCACCAUCGCCAUCACUGCCCCAGCCAUGUAAAGCUGAAGUCUAGGCGCGUUUCUUUCACCUUGGGGAGAGGUUCACAAAGAUCAAGGAUUUCAAGACAUCAUCAGAUAAGCAUGGUACAUACUGAAAGAAGAGGCAGAACUUUUAAGCGCCAGAGGGUCCGAUGACGAUCAUAUUAGGUGCAGUAAAAGAGAGAUUUGUCUACCGAUGUUUCAUCUCUCUUCCGAUGAAAAAGAGAGAAUUGCGUUGACCUGAAUAAUCUCAUUGAGGACAGCAGUCACAAUACAGAAACAACAAGGUAUUGUCUGCUGCAAGGUUUUUGCAUAGGCUUUAGCUGUGUGCAUUUAUGAGAGAGAGAGAGAGAGAGAGAGAGAGAGAGAGAGAGAGAGAGAGAGAGAUCUUUGAGGCCCUAGCAAUGGCCAGAUCCUGGUGAGCAUUUAGAUGUUAGAUGAGGUUCUCUUUGCAGUGAUCAAAUUGCUUAUAUCCAAGUUACCAAUGAUAUGUGUUCGGCAAGUAUUUCCUAUCUGCAUUGGCCAUGAAACUCCCCAGGGAAGUUUGCACAGGAAAACCGAUUUUAGAGGUGAUCAAUCUAAUGGGAUAGACAUGGACCUGUCCGACUAUG